GUCUUAGGGCUCAGCAAAAAUGCCGUCUGCUGUACCUAGGACGCCAUCACGCGGUUGGAAUGUCAACACCACGUGACUCUCCCCCAAUUGGUCAGACACCGACUCCGCCCCUCUUUGGAAACAAAAAGAAAAUGGAAAACGACAUUCUUUCGCAUUUCAGCCUCCCGUUAUACAUUUUACUUGGUUACUUCUGCUGGGGCUGUAAUGCACAGACUCUCUGCAGAGCUAGAGAUCGUGAAAGAAUCCCUUAUUCGACUCGGAAGGCCAUACAGUUCACGCUUUCUCUCAAACAAGGCCUUUUGUUGUGUGUAGAUCACGACACGGGUCACGAUCAUUUCCCAAACGCCAGAGAGGGCCAAGCCCGCGUGGGAAUCGAAUACGAAAAAACAAAACUGGCUAGAACUAGAAGAGCAUGAGCCAAGUCGCAUAUUUCCCAAAACAUUCUUUCGAAUCUUUUCAACAAUUUCGUUAUUUGUUUGCUCGGUAAAAGAAAAAGGAAAACUUGUUGCUGCCGACCCAACAGCUGAUAGGCGUCCCGUCAUCCCGUCCCGUUGUUGAUUGGAGUGGUUCCAGCAACAGAUAACGACGAUGCUGAUUCACUAACGAAAACAACAAGUCGAAAAAAUAUUUUGGCACAGCGUUCUGCGUGAGUUGGACAAGGACCUUGUUCAUCAUCAUCUUACGCCAAUCUUUACCUUAAAAAAGUCAGUGCACGUAAACAAGUGGAUCAGAGCAGCAGGUUGACCAAAAACAUCAAAUGAUGGCCGCUGCUAGUACAACAGGUCGAUCGAUAUUUCGAAUACGACACUACGACUGCAUUGGAUUCGACAUGGAUCACACGUUAUGUCGGUACCGACUCGGAGCAGUUUUCGAAAUGGAAUAUCAAGCUUUGGCGGAUUAUUUGAUCCGGGAGAAAGGCUACGACGCUCGUCUCAAGAGACCUCUGGCGGAAGACGCCAAUUUCUUGCACAAAGGCAUCGUCAUGGAUGUCGACUUUGGUAAUUUCGUCAAACUGUCGGCUGACGGUCGCGUCCUUCGUGCCAGUCACGGGACCCGGGUGAUGACGGACGCCGAAAUCACCGGACAAUACGGACCUCUACGAUCCGACGAGUCGCUCCGGCAAAUGGCCGCCGAUCCCAUCGACGCCACCGAAGGGCCCAUCCAUCGAAAGUAUCGACCGUUUAAAGAUUAUUUCGAUCUACCCGCACUCGUCAUGUGCGCACGCAUCGUCGACUUGCUAGACUACGCCAACGGCAAUAAACCUCUAGAAAAAUACAAUUUCUGGAAAGACGUCCUCUACGGAUUGGUCGAAAUGUUCAGCAGGGAUAAUUUGAAAUUGAACGCUGGAGGCUAUUACCCGAAAAUCAAACUCAAUCCGGAAUUGUACCUGAGGCCGUGCGGUGAUGGACUCAAGAAAUGGUUGACGGAAGUCAAAAAGAAACAAGUGACGUUUCUCAUCAGCGGAUCCGAUCCCGACUACGUCCAGUGGGUGGCCAGUUAUUGCCUGGGAACCGAUUGGAAAAACUAUUUCGAUUACAUCGUCUGCGCCAGUAGAAAGCCUGGAUUCUUUAGCGGGAACAGACCGUUCCAGCGAUGGAAUCAUUCCAAUUCAUCGGCGGGCGGAGUCGAGGAUCAGGAAAUUGAACUGGAAGAAUUAUUGCCCAUCAAUAAGACAAUCUACUUGAGAGGCAAUUGGAAUCAAUUGAAAUCUUCCAUGGCCUGGUGCUGCGGAGUGGACCACCCCAAGGUCCUCUACUUUGGCGAUCAUCUCAUCCAGGAUGUCCUGGCCGCCGACACGAGUCGAUUGGACGUCGUUGCCAUGGUGGAAGAAUUGGCGGCCGAAAGUCAACCCAAGAAAAGUCCCCCGAUCGAUGGCCUCUGCUCCUACAAAAGGUGGGGCUCCUUCUUCUACGACGAACGAGGCCCGGAUAGCAACGGUCCUGGACGGCUGCCGGUCGAUAGGAUGAACACCCUGUGGAGCAAUUUGAUCGCCCAACACGCCCGGCUCUGCAUUUCCUACAUGGAGGCGAUUUCAGAUUACCCGACCGAUCACGAAUUCGCCACCACUCAAAAUGGACAUACGAAAUUCCUGGGAUUCUUGCCCAGUCUUCCAACUUGUUUAUUGUAAAAUGUCUGUGUGUGUGUGUGUGUGAACCAAUUCCUUUAGCGCAAAUCGAAUGGAACGUGAAUACAAAACUCAAGCGUG